AUGAAUAUACGCGGUUACGAACCAAUUCCUGGUAAAAUUUUAACACUUAUUUGUGAAAUAACGAUAGUUGAUAAUAGAAAUGCAAUAUUUGUUUCUCCUUCAAUAAUACGCGCAUCAGCUCUUCAGAUUGCAGAUGAGCGUUUUGGAUCAAAAUUAUGUCAUUCUGAUCUUUCUGCUAAUGUAAUGGUUGCUUUUUUAGAUAAUGAAAAUAAUAUUGAAUAUUGGCCAGCAACCAUCCGUUAUUUUUUUAAACAUUUGAUUGUACUACCAUACGUUGGAUGCACAGAACACACAUUAGCGAUGGUCGAUUGGUAUAGCAAAAGCAACAAAAUUAAUCAUUUUAAUAUAUCACGACGAGGAUUAUCCAGAGUUCUUGAUGGGGUUGCACUAAAUGGUAUGAGGCAUGUUGAAUUAUGGAAACCUUUAAUUAAUAAAAAACUUUCAUGCGAAAAUAUUAUACCAGUUCAACGAAUUAUAUGCCGUUUUGUGAAAUCAAAUUAUUGUCUUCAAAAUUCCAAAACUAAUUUAACAGUUGUAAUACUAUUGAAUAGAAGAUUUUCAGUUUAA